UUGCCCUUCUCCCCGACAGGCUGCAGAACACCCAUGUCUUGCUCCAGCGCAGCCCAUGGCCUGCAGAGCCAGGGGAAGGAAAUGACUGUGGCAGAGCUGGUGAGCUUCGAGGAGGUGGCUGUGUAUUUCUCUAAGGAGGAAUGGGCUCUGCUGGACCCGGGUCAGAGAGCCCUCUACUGGGAUGUGAUGCAGGAGAAUUAUGAGGCUGUGAACUGGCUGGGAUUUCCAGUCUCCAAAGCUAAUGUGAUCUCUUGGGUGGAACAAAGGGAGGAGCUGUGGAUCCCGGAUCUCCAGGGCUCUGAGGAAGGGGAGAUCAUCUGCAACAGCCACACAGGUGAGUAAUCCACUAAAGUGACUCAGAAACCAAUUUCUGUGUCCUCACAGCGGACAUCUCUUGAGCAUUUUCAUCAAGUCUAACUGCCCCUUCAACUUGUUUCCAGCUCCAGUCGGGGUGGGGGAGGUGUUGCUGGCAAGAGUUAUUUUUCAGGUCCAACACCUGUUCUUCUCUAAUUAC